AUGGAAGAUGAAUUUGGUACUGAAAAAAUGAUUCUACUUGUUGCACUUGAAAAACAAUUGGUACAAUAUGCUAUGCAAACUAUUAGAGUAUCAUCACCCAUCAUCUCAGGAAUUGUUAAUUCUUCAAUUAUUAGUACAAGUAGAGAUGCAACCACACCAAUUGAUCAAUGGCAAGUUUAUGUACAACAAUUGGAAAGGAUAACUGAAAUAACAGCAUUUGGAUCCUUAUUCAAAAGUUCUAAAGCAAUCAGAAAGUGA